CUCAUCUCAUGAGGAUAUCAUCAAGCACCGCAAGACGCCUUUGGGGCAGGGCACUAUGGCGUGCUCUUGUCGGAUUGACUGUACAGCUUCAUUAGCUUGCGAAGAGCCUUCGCAGUCCAUAAUGGCGUGCUUCGACAAGAGACAGAGAGAGUAUCAUCCCUCAAGCCUUUGACAGGACAUAUCAGGACGGUCCUCUCCCUUUGACUCUUAGUUACAUCUCCAACUCAUAGCCUCUUCCACGAUCCGAAGAUGCAUCUAUCUACACUUUUGCUGGCUUAUGCCUCCACAGCUGUGGCCUUCUGCCCUAUGGCAGACUUGGUUCGCCGUGGCCUUGCUCCAGAAGAGCUCAAGGAGGCGUACCUGCAGCGGAAAGGACUGGGCGAGCCAAGCAAGAAACGACAGGACAACCCUCCGCCUGUCCUCGAUCCUCUCUCCGGCUUACUCUCCCCUGCCGACCUUGGAAGCCUGACACCACGCGAGAAGAGGCAGGACAACCCUGACCCCAUCCUUGAUCCUCUGUCCGGCGUACUUUCGCCAAUCGGACUUGGUAGCCUGGUACCACGAUCGCCUCGAUCAGAGGAGCACAGCCGUGCUAUCGAAACGCACAUCCGCUCUCGACUUGAAGAGCGCGAUGAAGACGUCGACAUCAAUGCCAAGAUCUUGACGCCAAAGGCCCACAAGCGUCAUGUUGAGGAGCGCGGCCUGCUUGGCGGCAUCCUUGCACCUCUGACCGGGGUGUUGGCGGCGCUGGACAUUCCCACCCCUCAAGACUCCGGCCUCAAGGCUAUUCCUGGUGACGACCCAAGCCAUCAAUACAUUGCACCCGGACCGACCGAUGUUCGCGGUGAUUGCCCAACCCUCAACACCCUGGCCAACCAUGGAUACUUGUCCCGCACCGGCAUCACCACCUUCGCUGAGGCUGCUAACGCCAUCCAAGAGGCCUACUCAAUGUCAUUUGACAUUGCCGUCUUCCUCAGUGCUCUAGGUUUGCUGGCUGGAGGUGACAUCCCCACCGGGAUUUACUCCAUAGGAGGCCAGGACUCCAGGGUUCCGGAGACGUUAGGCCAACCUGUCUAUGGCAUUGACCGGCAUGGUCUUUUCGAGAUCGAUGCAUCCAUCUCGCGAGGUGACCGCUACUUUGGCGACAACCACUCCUUCAACAUCACCCGUUGGAAUGCGCUUGUCACAGAUGCCAACACCUACGGAGACGGUCUUUUCAACACCGAUGCCGUCAAGAACAACGCCGCCAACAGAGUUGAGGAAUCCAGAGCCACUAAUCCCGAGUUCACCAUGGGUGGAAACUUCGCCGUCAUCUAUGCCACCCGUGCCCUCCUGACUCGUCCCUUGCCCAACGGCACUGCACCUAACACGCCCGACUUUGCGAACAUAGCGCCUUUCUACCUUAACGAGACGUUUCCGGAAAACUGGUUCCGCAUCCCCAACUCAUACUCCCUUGUCGAUCUGCUCGGCGACAUUGGUGACUUCUUCCUGUACAAGCCUCAGCCACUCGGCAGGAACUAUAACGGUGCCUUCGUCCCACUAAACAUAACCAUUCCCGAAGCUCCGGCUGACAUUGGGUGUCUCGGCGCUUCACUACUGGCAUCCGCCGCUCCGGAUGAAGGGGAAGCGGUUGUGCAAGCCGCCAAUGCCUUGAAGGACCAGAUCCUCUCGGCGGUGCUGGGUUCUGCUUCCUGCAACAUCGCCGACUACGAGGAAACGGGUGGCGAUGCUUACUACGAAACCAGCGAUGAAGAUGUUGAUGGAGGCAGUGGAAGUGGCAUCACGCACUUUGGCGAGUGGGACUCACAAUCUGAAAAGCCGACCGGGCUCUCCGCUGGUGAGCCCGUGCGCAGGAGGUCGAGGUCGAGGUCGGUCCGUGCGGCUAAGGUGAAUGCGUAGGCUUCAGUAGGGUGAAGUGCCCGAACAUCAGAUUGUCAGAGGAGCUUGUUGACGCUGUCGACUCGGUUGGUCAGUGGUAGAAACGGUUUCUGUUGGCU